AUGCAUGACGAUGACAAUGAUGGUAUUGAGAGUCCCACGUUCACGUGCUUCGAGAUGUGCAUCUACGGGUGGACCCUCGCGCGGACCGCUGUGUGGUUGAACGGAUCCAGAGUCAUCUUGCGGUGGUUCCUUUGUGGGUUGGUCUGUUCAGUGUUGGCCGUUGGCAAGGCGCUGUUUGAUCGUUCGUGUUCCAGUCUCGUCCACCAACAAGCAUCGGUUGUUGGUUGGGACCGUUCGCCGUCGGCUACGUUGGUUGUGAUGUUCUUCUUGCUUGGUGGGUCGCCGUUGUUCUCUUCCUUCUCUUCCCAUUUCGGUGAACGUAGAAGACCCAAGACAACCUUCAAGUCCAAGAGCAGCCCUUAG